GGGCUGUUGUCAUUAAUAAGUCCCUCGGACCCCCUCUGAGAUGGCGGGACAAACCAUCCCGGACUGCAGACAACGCUCUAGAUUAACCAAGGAUUGCCUUACUGUCUCUGGACCAAGGCAGCCAAGCCUAGCCUAGUGGCCCUGGAGCGUCUCCAGCACCAGGGUGGGGCCCGGAGGGAGCGCCCAGCCAGUCACCCCGGCAUGUGGGCGCGGCGGGGCGGGCCAGGGCUCCGAGCUGGACGCUGAGCGUCCUUCUGGGCCCGAGUGUUUGUCCAGACUGCCCGCCCGGCUGGGUCUCAGCCUGUCCUCCCUUCUCUUCCUGGACAGCUGCCGGAGGCAAUCUGAAGGUGGCAGGUGCUUGGGCCACCUUGCUCUGGGUCCUGAGCAGGUUUGUCCACUGAACAGCAUUUACGAAAGAAACCACUCUGCUGAGUUCCUGUCCCAGCGGGUCAUUACUGCUGGGGUGUUCCAGCCUCUGGGAAGGUCUGUGGAGGUGCCCAAGUGCCAGCCUGCUGGGAGCAAGUCAUUUCCAGAAGCCUCUGCUACAGGUGCAGAGGUUCCUGUGAUCAGCAAGGAUGCUGAGACAGAUACUGGCAGAUAUGUUCAUAGACCCUGACCUGCUGGCGGAGCUCAGUGAGGAGCAGAAGCAGAUCUUGUUCUACAAGAUGAGGGAGGAACAGAUCCGGCGGUGGAAAGAAAGAGAAGCCGCCAUGGAAAGAAAGGAGUCCUUGCCAGUGAAAUCCAGACCAAAGAAAGAGAAUGGCAAAUCUGUCCACUGGAAGCUGGGCGCCGAUAAGAAGGUGUGGGUUUGGGUGAUGGGUGAGCACCAUCUGGACAAGCCCUACGACGUGCUGUGUGACGAGAUCCUGGCUGAGAGGGUGCACCUGAGAGCAGCGCAGGACUCAGAGCUCAGGAAAGCCCAGUCUGUGGAAUUCACCAAUAGCUUGAGAACAAAGUCACAGAGCUGUGGUCAGCAGGCACCAGAGAAGCUGGAGCCGCAGAAUGUGACCAGGAAAGCAGCGGCAGAGGAGACGCCAGGGCAAGGACCCAGAGCAACAGCGACCAAGAGUGAGGACAAAGCCCAUACUAAAGAGCCCGUCAAGAAAAAGGAAGAUGAAGAAAUAAAACAAAUAGAGGACGAGAAAGCCAAGCAGAUAUACAAGAGCUGGAAAGAGGAUUCAGAAUGGCAGGCAUCUUUGCGAAAAUCCAAGGCAGCCGAUGAGAAGAGACGCUCCUUAGCCAAACAAGCUCGGGAAGACUACAAGAGGCUAUCCCAAAGGGGAAGGAGUGGAGAGGGAAUGCAGAGCCCUCUGGCUGGCCCACAGAAGCCUAGAAGACCUCCUCUUCCCCCGAAGCCCCAGUUCCUACACCCACUAGGAAACCCUCCAAAGUCUGUAGGGAAUCAGGGAGUGAUAAGGACAGAGUCCAGCUCCACCCAGGAGGACAUCAUUCGAUGGUUCAAAGAGGAACAGCUGCCAUUCCGUGCAGGUUUCCAGAAAAACUCAGACACCAUCGCUCCCUGGUUCCACGGGAUUCUCACACUAAAGAAAGCAAAUGAACUUCUGAGCACAGGCGUGCCGGGCAGUUUUCUGAUCCGCGUCAGUGAGAAGAUCAAGGGCUAUGCCCUGUCCUACCUGUCUGAGGAGGGCUGCAAACAUUUCCUCAUAGAUGCAUCUGCCGACUCGUACAGCUUCCUGGGUGUGGACCAGCUGCAGCACGCCACUCUGGCAGAUUUGGUGGAAUAUCACAAGGAAGAGCCCAUAACCUCCCUGGGGAAGGAGCUCCUGAUGUACCCCUGUGGUCAACAAGACAAGCCACCCGACUACCUGGAGCUCUUUGAGUGACAGCUCUCACCCAGAUCAGCCUCCAGCCUCCAGCUGGGUUCUCCUCUGGACAGACACCUCUGAGGUGGACAUUUGCAUGUGAUGCCAAAAUCACUCUGUGACAGAGCCAACAGUGAACAAUGUCUGUGAGGUCUAAAUUGAAUCCUCUAUUCUGCAUAAAUGCUGGAGUUCAAUUCAAGGGGAUAUGACCUCUCCCUCAUUCUGAAAGGAAGAGGGAGAAGUGUACCCAUUUCAACAACAUUCUAAUACGAAGAUAGGACCUUGAAGGAUAUGACCCUAAUGAUGUAUAUAAGAUAAAAUAACAAGUGUAAAUUGAAAUCUUUUUAGCAAUUAAGGUGUUACUGUAAAAAAAACAAACAAACAAACAAAAAAAAACAAGUGAACUAUUUUGUGAUCACAUGCUCCGUCUUUGGUAUGCACUCAAAGGUCUCAGUCUCCUGCUUAUGUGAACUUCCAUCUUGGCUUUAUUAUACUGGGGAAAAAAUGUCCUAACUAAGGGCUGAGAUUAUCCUCAAAAGACAACCUUUUCUGUAUGUGUUGGAGCCAGGAUUUAAGAGCUAGAAAAGCAAGUCCCGAUUGGGAACUGAAAGAGAAGUUUUAGUACCUGGAGAGAGAGACUUACCAUGUACAAACAAACAAACAAACAAACAAACAAACAAAUACAAACAAUAACUACUAGAUACAGCACACACAGUGGCAGGAGGGACCUGCAGCAUCUUACAGCUUGCUCCUCAUUUUGUUCUGCCUCCCUCACCUCUAUCUGUGAAUACAUACAAAAGAUGCUGUGUGCGGCCGGCCGUGGAAGGACUCAUGUAUUCAUGGUCCAAAGAGAAGAACAGAGCGAGUGUCUUGGAUACCACCUAUUGAAAGUUGAAUUGUGUCCCACAUCAAGAAAACACAAAGUACUGACCUCUCUGUACAGGGGUGUGACCUGAUAUGGAAAUAGGGUCUUUGCAGACAAGAUAAGUAGAGUAGGCCCUGACUCUAAUGACUGGCAUCUAGACAAGGAAGAGAGAUUUAGAGAGAGACACACAGAGAGAUGAAGGCUAAGGAACCACAGAGACGGAGAGUGAGUGAUGCAGCCGUGAUCAGAGGCUGCCAGGGAUGCUGGAAGACGACAGCACUCAGGGUAGAAUCUCCCUGGAACUCUAGAAGACAAAAACACGGCCCUGUUAUUAUUGUUUGCACCAUCACUGCAGCCUGCUUGCCUUGAGAACUGUGAGGUAAUAAACGUCAAAGUCACCGGAUAUAUGGUAACUUUUUACAGCACUCUCAGAAAACUAGUGCAAGAGUUUAUGCAGCCGCAGAUCCCACACACAUUUCAUGGGCUUGUUUCUUGUUACAGUCCUCACCCUCACUAUGAAAUAAAACUUGGGUAUGGGAAGAACAUUCCAAGCAAUGCUGUCUAGCCCUGGGACACAGAUUUAUUCAGCCAGGAAUCUCCUGCCCUACAUCAUCCUUAAAUCAAAUCUCCAGCCAUUUUUAGCUCAGAUCGAUGAGGUGGGGCCAACCUCUGGAUGGUGACCAAGGAGUGUGCGAGUCAUUCAGUGUCAUGUUUUCCUAGGAGGAAGGAACUUUGCCCACAGCUAAGCCUAUCUGUGCUGUUUUUGAACUUGCCUUUUAAGCAAAGUAGAAAGGCGCUACAGUUGUUCCUUGGGUGCAGCAGUCAAAUGCACAAUGAACUGAGGUAGAGGUUGGUGUGCACGCCCAUGAGAAAACUUUGAAAUUCAGAUUACAGUCAACUUGGUUCUUAAAAUAUUCCAUGUGGUUCAUAUUGUGAAAUUUUUAUAAGGUACUCCUUUUAGCUUUGUUUCCAUGACUCAGUGGUUAGGACAUCACUCAGAAUCUUUGUCCUGUUCCCAUCUCUCUCCACUGUUUUCCUGGUUAUCUUGAAUGGGCUCUUUACCUAUCUAUACUAGUUACUUUUCUCAUUGAGGUGACCAAAAUACCUGCCAAAAGCAAGGUGAGGAAGGAAAGACGGGUUUAUUUCCGCUCACAGUGUGAGCGUGCAGUUUAUCAUGACGGGGAACCCACAGUGGCAGGAGCCUGCCACAGCUGAUCACGUAGAACCACAGUUAGAAAAUAGAGAGAGAUGAAUGAUGGUACUCAACUAGCUCUCUCCGCUUUACUCAGUGUGGGAUCCGGCUGAUGGUAGGGUGCUGAAAUACUUAUGUAGGCAGCAUGUAUGGCUAUGUCCAAAUAUAUCACUCUGUGUUGUGGCCAGAAUAAGAUUAAGAAAGAACUCAAGCCAGUUAACCUAAUGUAAUAGCAAGAGGAGUAUAUUUGAGUUCUGUACUCUUUGAUCUUAUUGGUAUCGACACACAAAGAAAUAAACUGUCUAGUGUUCGGUGAUACAGUGGCCAGGAGAAAUAUUGAAAUUCUGAGGGCAGGAAAUGGUUUACAGAAUUGGGAAAUUCAACUAAAUGGGCUAAGGAACCUGAAUACUCACCCUCAUUGUCCUGACAGUGUCUCAUACUAGGUAUGGUCUGAGGUGGGGUCCAACCCUGGCCUGGUCUCCUGUUUCUGCUGUGUCAAAAAGCCUAGAGUCCUGCCCUUUCUGCUCAAGGUUUUUUAAUCCAGGGUGUCACCUUUAGACUGUCGUACAGGUUUCCAAUCUCAGGGACUCAGGCCUGUGGACACUUGUGUCUUGGGCUAGAGCCAAGUGCCAGCCCUGGCCCACAUUGAUUCUUCUUUCUAUCAGGAAGACUUUGGAAAGUCCCUGCUACAGUCACCUCAAAUUUUCUGGCCUUUAUAUUGCCAUGGCAAGCCAGGUGAAGAUGUGUCAGCUCAAACAUUACCUAGGCUAAGGAAGAACACAGGAACAAUUGGACCAAAAGGAACCAAAGGGGCAGAUCAUGAACGUGUUCCCCCCAACUAUCUCAGGGCAUCUCUACCCAGGAUUUCCGAUUUGAGCCAAGGCUUUGCCAUUGGUCAUUCUUUGGUGGACUAGCAUUGUUCUAGUCUGCGUUCUAUUGUGAUAAACACCAUGACCGGAAGCAACCCAGAGGAGAAAAAGGUUUACUUGGCUUACACAUCCCAAUCAUCGUCAAUUACUGGAGGAAGUCAAGGCAGGAACCGAAGCAGAAGGCAGUGAGCAAUGCUACUUGCUGGCUUGUUCUCAGGCUUGCAUUCAGCUACCUUUCUUACACUUCCCAGGAUCACCUUCCCAGACCUGGCAGGAACCAAAGUGAGCUGGGCCCUCCCACAUCAAUCAUCAAUCAAGAAACUACCCCCAGAGACUUCCCUACGGGUCAAUCAAAUGCAAGCAUCUUCUUCAUAAGGCACAUUUGUGACCCUUGCACGCAUGUAGUUUGGGGCUCACACUAGUUUGAGUACAGAAUACACACAAAAUAUUUAUAGAAUGACAGGAACAUAUCCAUGGAGCUUCUUUCCUUCUGUUUUGAUUAGAAUGUCUGAGGGGACGGCCUGAAGCUAAGAAGGGGUUGAAGCAUGCCUACCCCGGAUUUUCUCCUCCUGAGAGCAGCAGGAGUUUGGCUGCUUGACCACCUUGCCUGGGCACCAACAGACCCCAGCAAUUAGCUUCCCCAGGUGGGGACACGCCCUGGUGCACACAGCAACCGAUAAGAGCUUGCAUCUCAAGGCUCAGAGGAAUGGUUGCUGCUUGUCUGACCACUGAAACAUCCCAGGCUGGACUUCCUCUCUUUUCUAUGACAUUAUAAGGUGUGUUCCCCUGGUCCCUGCUGCUCCAGAGUAUGGAAAUGAAGCGCCGUCCAUGUUCUUGCCUCAACCAAUAGGAUACCACCACGUGGAUCCAACCGGCCAUUUUUCCUGGGGUAUAAUUGUUCCCUGUCCUCUCCUAAUAAACGAGCUGUUUUCACA